AUGGUCCUCUUCGAGUCAUCAUACCAGCUGUGCGCGUGGUACCUUCAGGGCCACCCGCUGAAUGCCCUGGGCGAGUACCAGAGCCUCGACGUGCACGCCGAGGCGGUGAGAGCGGUCUCGCGCGGGCCCUAUCCGUGGGGCUCUUGCCGUGCGCCGACGGACCCGCCGCGCCGCCUGCAGAGCGCGCCCGCCGUGUGCGGCCGCCCCGCUGUCAACCUUGCUCGCCUCGAGGUCCGAGGAGGCCUGGCGGACUGGAGCGCCGAGGACGCCCCCCUGCUGCCAGGCUUCGUGCGCAUGCUCGCGGAGCUCCUCCUGGGGUGCAUCGAGGGCCACGACCCCGAGGAGGCCAGCUCCACGAAGCUGCGCGGGCGCGUCGUGGACCUCACCGAGGCGGAGGAGGUGUGCACGGCCUGCAUGACCUCGGCCUUGCACCUGCUGCUCAUCGACCCCUCCCCCCCCACCGUGCUGGAGAGCCUUGCUGCUGGCCUCGGGCAGGGCAUCGCUUUGGAGGAGAGCGACAGAACUGCGAACGAGAAGGCCGUGAACGCCGUAAUGAAGGCCACCGGGAAGCGCAGUGGCCACACCUUCGGAGCCAGGCUGGACCUGGUCGUCAGCUGGCCGGGCGCCCCGGCACCCGCGUGGGUCGACGUCACGGACCGCUCGGCCGCGGAGUCGGGGCCAGCGGAGCGGCUGGUCGGCCACGCAGCGGCGGACGCGGAGCGCCGGGAACGCGGCAGCUUCGGCGCCGCGGUCUGGCCUUUCGCCGUGGAGGCCGAGUGGCGCCUGGGCGCGGCGGCGCAGCAGUUCAUCGCGGCGACCGCUGCUGCGGCCCGCCGCGUGGCGACGCUGCCCGGCGAGCCGGGUGGGCAGCAGGGUGCCGACUAUGCACGGCAGAUUGCUUCGCGGGUGUCCGGCGCGCUCGUGGCGCGUCUCGCCGACCUGCUCCCGGCGGCGGUGCCAGGCGCUGGGCCGCUGGGGGCCUCGGCCAUGGCGGGCAACUUCAACCUCCAGCGCCUGCUCGGGCAGAUCCCCGGCAUGGGGGGCGGCGGCCAGCAGCAGCCAGAGCAGGACGCACCGCUGCCGGACACCGCGGAGCAAGUGUACAUCUCAUCGCUAGCGUUGCUGAAGAUGCUGAAGCACGGGCGCGCGGGGGUGCCGAUGGAGGUGAUGGGCUUGAUGCUCGGUGAGUUCAUCGACGACUACACAAUUCGAGUCGUCGACGUGUUCUCGAUGCCGCAGUCUGGCAACAGCGUGAGCGUCGAGGCGGUAGACCCGGUGUUCCAGACAAAGAUGCUUGACAUGCUCAAGCAGACUGGAAGGAGCCCGAGAUGGUCGUGGGGUGGUACCACUCGCACCCGGGCUUCGGGUGCUGGUUCUCUGGCACCGACGUGA